CACGCAUACAAUCCAAAGUACCACCCAUGCUGUCAAGAGCCCGGCGACAAUGUGACCCUGGCCAUGAUAAUCGACGCCUUCGAGAUCUACGGACAUGAUCCUACGGACAAGCUGGACCAUUUGGCGCACUACCAGCUUCAGAUGAUGAAGAUCAAACGCGCACCAGAUCAGUAUAUCAUCAAUGAGCAUGUACAUAUCGCGGUGGACCACCUCGCCAGGUUCAUUAACAUGCACGUCAAGGAGCUGAAGGUCCUCCUGAUAGCUCUAGAAGACGCGAUAGACAACAUGCUAACCAUGUACGACAACCACAACGCCAUUAAGACGGAGCGCGUCGCCGCUUACAACCAGGCUUCAGGUGGCGCCGUGCCUUCAGAGUUUUAUCUCAGUCAAGAAUACUACUGCGGCCGCAACGUGUACAUGUUCGUGUCGGAGCUGUACAGCGACAUCUACAACAUGGGGCGCGGGCCGGCGCCCUACUGCAAGGGCCGCGGCUUCCACUUCCUCGGCUUCGUGCACUUCAUGGACGAGAACAAGUAUUAUCUCGAGGAGGACCCCAGCUUGGCCUUUGCUACUGAUAAUUAUUUGCAUGGGCUCGAGUGCCAUCUUGACGUGUGUAUCUACAGAUUUCCGUUCAAGAAAGGCUUGCAGCACGAGCGCGACGCGGUGACGCUGCCGAAGGCGCUGGUGAAGUGCGGCACGGAGGUGUACAAGCUGCCGCCGCUCACCGCCGCCUCCUGCAUCAUCACCUCCGGCUCCUUCAUCCUCGACUUCAACGUACAGGGCAUACGGUUCCGCCACUUCGAUUACAUUCUAAUCCUACCCAACGGGCACAUAUUCUACACGAAGGAGAAGCAAACACCUCUAUUCUGUGAUCAUCACGUGUGCGAGUGGAACAACACUAAUUUCUACGGAGGUCCCUUCGCCAUCCCAGGCGACCCUGGGACUGGCCUGAUGCCGAUCCCCCCCUUCUUUGAGCAGACCACAGCCCCACCUUACGCGGACCAGUCCACACAAGCAUCCGGCCCCUCCGACAAUGUCACUUAUUCUCUAGACGGCUGCUGGUACAUGUUCCCCCCGAACUACGGGUCCAUCGCGGGCAUCAGCUACCUGGACCCGCUCACCAUCAACGAGUAUAGAUUCACGUGCCAGGGGUCCGGCAACAAGGGUCUGUACUGGUACCCGCAAUGGAUGGGCGCGCCGCCGCACCACCCGUACCCGCAGGCGGGCGACAUGCCCAAGCACGAGGAGGGUGGCGGAGACGCCUUCUACCCUCACCAGCAGGGGCCGCAGCCCCCGCCGCUUAUUGUGCCACUCGCAGAUUAG